UGCGCCAUCUUUCUCAUUUGUGGUUGGUUGGUUUGGAGACGCGCAAGCAAGUCAUCUAAAAUUCUGGAGCUUGCCGUGGCUGGACCGUUGUCGGUUCUGUAGUUUUACUUGUGCUUCGUCACUUUUUAUUAGCAUCGGCUUUCAAGUUAUUUUAAGGUUCUAACCAUGUCUCGCCAUCGUGAGUGGGAGCUCUCCUGCAAGGUGUACGUUGGGAACUUGGGCAACAACGCCUCCAAGCAUGAGCUUGAAUCUGCCUUCAGCAAAUAUGGUCCACUCCGCAAUGUGUGGGUGGCAAGGAACCCACCUGGUUUUGCAUUUGUCGAGUUCGAGGACCCGAGGGAUGCUGAGGAUGCAGUGAGAGGAUUGGACGGAACCCGUUGUUGUGGGGAAAGGAUGCGUGUGGAGAUGUCUAAUGGGCGCAGUCGGAACCGUGGUGGAUUCGGUGGUGGCGGCGGCGGCGGUGGUGGCUUUGGCCGUGGCAGACAAGGCAGAUCAAGGUCUCCCUCUCCUCGCCGCUCUCCGCGCAGGCGGUCUCACUCUCGCAGCCGCAGCCGUUCUCCGAGGAGAUCACGAUCGGACUCCAGGGAUAGACGAUCGUACUCUCCGCGCCGUCGCUACCGUAGCCGCAGCAGAUCGUUGAGCAAGAGCCGCAGCCGCCGCUCUGAAUCCUACGAUAGACGAUGAAGACGGUUAUCUGGUGAUGCGGAUUGAGGCAGUUUAUUUUCUGUGGCCUCUAAAAUCGAUUAGCACGUGAAAAUUUUAUCUACAGAUUUAGUUUUGUCUCAUUUGAUUGGUUUUCUCUCACUGAUGUUGGCUUGUAACACACCAAAGAUCAUGGGUUAUCAACUUUUGAGAGACUAGAUUCACUUCCAUGGAUUCAGCCUUUAAAGUUUUUGUGUAGCCAUUUUCAUUAUUUCUAUAGUCACUAUGGAAUCAGAGAAUAUUGUUGCUGAGGAUUGUUUCCAUACUUGUUUACAAAUCAAAUUUGUAACUUUUUAAAGAAUGAUUACUGUCAGUUUUGAUGAUUAAAUUGUCAUUGCUUCUGUUCCAUACUGCCAACAUUCUAUAUUAUAAACUGAAGUUGUCAAAGCCAUAAUGCAUGAAUUUUCUUGACGUGUGCACCUUUUGCAUGACACUUUCCACAUAUUCUGUUCUUUAUGUACAGUACUGUUAUUGCAAUUACUGACGUGAUCUAUCCCAUUGUGGGACCAUUCUGUAACUUAAGAUAGGUAAUUAGUGUGUUUCAUUUGAAAUCGUGUCAUAAAUGUAAGUGUUAUUUUAAUUGCGUCCUAUCACUGAUUAAGAAUAAAGGGGAAUGGAUAAACAAA